AUGUCUCUAUCAACACCUCCACCUCCCUUGCCAGAGGACGGCAGGCUCGAAGCGAUCGGAGAGAAAACACAUCAGGUCGAGCCUGAAAAGCAAAAGCAAAAGCAGACGGAGACCGUCGAGUCGAACGAACCGUCCAUUGUGGCAUCCUCCUCGACGGUCAAUGGCAGAGAGAAACCAGGAAUGCUGGAGGACGAUGGUACUGCUACUCAAGAAAAAGGCGUGGAUGAGCCGCAGCCGCCAAAAUCUGUUGCAUUCCCGAAGGGUGUCGAAGCCUUCGUCAUCGUACUUGCGCUCGUGCUCAGUAUGGGCCUCAUGUCUCUGGAUCAGACUAUUGUUGCAACCGCUAUUCCAAAGAUUACUGACCAGUUCAACAAAAUUAAUGAUGUCGCGUGUUUCGUGGUGUCAAUCUUCAUCUUUGAACUUGGGAGUUUGAUCUGCGCUGUCGCCCCAAACUCAACGACUUUGAUUGUUGGACGUGCUAUCACCGAUCUCGGUGCCUCGGGUAUCGCGUCUGGAGUAUACACGAUUGCUGCCUUUGCUGCUGAGCCGAGGAAGAGAGCUACCUGGAUGGGGAUCAUUGGUGCGGCAUAUGGUGUCACCGCUGUCCUUGGACCACUCAUUGGUGGAGGCUUGCGGAUGGGGUGUCCUGGAGGUGGUGAGUCAAAAAUGUUGUGCUUCUAUAUCAAUCUUCCAAUCGGUGGUCUGGCCGCUUUUGUCAUUCUGCUCACCUUCAAGACCCCUGCAACCGCUAAGCGGGUCGAUGCUACGCUCAAGGAGAAGCUUCUACACAUGGACUUUCCAGGGACGGUGCUUAUAAUGGGUGCAUCCAUCGCCUUGCUUCUAGCUCUUCAGUAUGGUGGUGUAACCCAUGCGUGGAAUUCCAGCGUGGUUAUCGGGUUACUCGUCGGCUUCGUUGUCAUGGUUCUUGCUCUCAUGAUGGUAGAAAUAUGA